AAGAAGUGCUUCCGGCUGCCGGCGCAGGCGGAGCACAACAGACUCCGCUUCACAGCCGUUUUAGCUCCGGGAGCUUCUUCCAGCCUGUUUUAGCCUUUCUUUUAAAAAAAAUGGGAGAAGCAGACGUGACGCUGAAUCAGACCGACGAGAAGCCUCCGGACUCGGGGUUGGUUCCCGGGGAGGACUCGGUGGUCUGGAGCCACGAGGUGGAGGUCUGUCUGUUUCACGCGAUGAUCGGACACAAGCCCGUCGGUGUGAACCGUCACUUCCACAUGAUCUGUAUCAGAGACAAGUUCAGCCAGAACAUCGGCCGGCAGGUUUCCUCCUCCGUCAUCUGGGAUCAUCUGGGAACGAUGUACGACAUGCAGGCUCUGCACGAGUCGGAGAUCUUGCCGUUUCCAAACACAGAGAAGAGCUUCUCUCUACCCGACGACAUCAUCCAGGAGGUGAAAGAAGGGAAGCUGGGCUCAGAGGAGGAGACCAAAGAGGAGUUCAGGAUGGAGAGAGAACCUCCAGCUACACAUGAAGAAGGCAGCAACUCGUCUGUGAAGAUGUCGGAGCGAACGAGCAGCAGCCGGGACAAGGAGAGAGGAGAGCGAGACAAGGAGAAGGGAGGGAGUGAAGGAGGAGCGGCAGGAGGCGGCGGCGGAGGAGGAGGUGGCGGCGGCGGCGGCGGAGGAGGAGGAGGAGGAGGAGGGAAGGAGGCGGAGAAGAGGAAGAGAAGCCGAGCAGCCGAAAAACUGCUGUCGUCUUCCAACCCGGCGAGUCCGGGAGGAGCCAAGAGGAGACGCACCUGAGAGGUGGCCAGAGAGAGAGAGAGAGACAUAGUGUGUGUUGAGGAGAGAGAGACAGAGGGGGGUAAGGGGGGGGGCGGGGGGGACAACUGCAGUAGAAACGACGGAUAAAGAAAGAGAAGAAGAAGAAGCUGCCGUCACAGGAACCAAAGCCGCGAGCUUUGUGACCGUCUGGCUGACGGUCGUGUUGGAAGAAGCUGCUCGACUCGUGUUCUGUUCCUUCUGUAACAGCUGCUGCUUCAUCUCAGCGCAGUCUUCAUCACGUGAUCGCCGCGGGAGGAAGUGACACGUGUGGACGCGUCACGGCCGCCGCUGCAGCCGUUCAGGACACGACACGAGCCCGAGUGCCGCCUGAUGUCUGAACGCGCAGUCAGCAAAAUGUCUCUCAGCUUUUAUUUGUCUUUUUAUUAAUUUGCUGUCAUUCAUUCACUAAUGGCGGUGGGGGCGUGUCCCUCCCCACCUUUUAAAAUCAGCUAGACUCCUGAUCAAUAGUUUGAAAAAGGAUAACGCAGCAGAACCGCAGAUAUCCUCUUUUGUUUUGCCAACAAUUUACCCAGAGAUCAGGGCGUGUUAUGGCAGUAGCGGCAAAUGUAGCCAGAGAUGAGCCGCGAGCUACGGCGGCCCGGUGAGCUCGUCCUCAUCCGACGCCGCCUCAAGUGACAUCACUCGAGGACAUUUAUCAGACCUCCGUCUGAAGACGCUUUGUGCUAAAAUAUUUGCAGUGGGAAACGCACUCUGUGUAAAAUCAGUGGACUUCCCCUUUAAGGCGCCCUGGGUUUCGUCUGUCAGGCUACGUACAGGCUACCUUAUCUCUAUAGUUGAGCUUGUUGUUUGUAUGCAGGCAGGACUCAAGUCCCUCCACCUGUGCAUGUAAAAGUAUCAGUAUCUGUUUUUAUUUACAGUUGAUAUUCCACUAAAAACUCGAUAGAAUAGGAAAAUAAAUUAGAGAUAAAGUCCAGUUCUCUUUGUAUUAAAGGUUACUUUUGCUAUUUUGAAUGUAUUUUCACACAUUUUGGGGUCAAAAUGACGAGAAGGUACAAAAGGUUUUUGGGACUCGCUGCAGUAGAUGGCUUCAGCUGGCAGCCAGCAACGUUCUCGAGGGCGAACGUCAAAAUGACGCUCUGAAAUCUCAUGAGAGGCGAGCAGGAAGGCGCCGGUGGAAGCGAGGGAGAGGAGUUUGUUGCGGACGUAGAGGUGCUGCCUGCAAGACUUUAUUUCCUAACGUUACUCCGGCACGACAAACUCCUCUCAGACUCAUGUUUUCACCGGCGUCUUCCUGCAACAACUUUCCUCUCGUGAGAUUUCAGAGCGAGAUCUGAGCUGCGAGCGUGACUUUAGUUUCCUGUUUAAAAACAAAGGGGGUCACCGGGAGCCCCUCGCAGGGAUCCUUUCCAGUCUGAGCCCGCCGCUGGUAAAAAAAGAAGCUGCUCUUGUGGACGUUGCAGCAGGUUCGGCUGCCGGCUGAAGCAUCUCCUGCACAGAUUGAAAACGUUUUGUCCUUACGAGUCAGUUUACGCUAAAAUCUGUUUAAAAAACACCGACGUUACCUUUUUAUUUUAUUUUUAAAGGUGCAAAUAUCAGCGUGAUUUAUCAUAAAGUAUCAGGUCUCUAUCAAUGAAACCGAACACCAUUUUAAUGACAGUUAGUGUAUUAAUUCUUUUUUUUUUUUUUAAAUGUCUUUCGUUAUUUUUACCUAACAAGUGAACCCGUCAGGUUUUUAGUGGGACUAGAGAUGCGACUCGGUUCAUCUUAAAAACUGACCAGAGAGCGCGAAACAUCCGCGAGCAGAAAUACGUUGCGGGUUGUCGAGAGGCAGCAGCUCACUUUCUUUAUGGACGUCACAACAUUUUAUAAGCUGUUUCUUUUUUCCUCCUGUCCUUUUCUUUGGUUUCAUUUGAGUCUGACGCCGACAGUCAAACAGAUAAAAUACACACUGAACGUUUUGUCAGCUGAUUGGUUUCAUCUCCAGACUCUGAAUCACCAAAUGUUUCCUUUAAUUUUUCAGUAGCGUGUUUAUUUAUUGAUGUAGGAUGAGGCGGAUCGGCUGUUUGUGUCAUUAAAGAUGAACUCGGAUCA